CCUGCGUCGGUGAUUACUGAUUGCCGAUUGGGCGGCCAAGAUGGUUGUCAAUAUUGAUAUGUGUAAAACUGUAAAUCGCUUGCUAGUAAUGAGUGUAUAAAUAUAAAAAAUAAUACAAAAUUAAGUGAAAAAAGUGAGACAUUAAAAUAGAGGAAAUUUUUUAUCAAUUCUAGACUUUGUAAUUUUUAUCUACUAAUAAAAAGUCUCAGUCUAGAUUAUGUAGCCCCAUAUCAUAACGCUUAAAGCGUUGACUAAGGAGUGUCAGAUACCUGACAUCAAACAAAACCAAAAAUAUUAUUGUAAAAUAGUAAUAUAAAAAAGAUUAAUAUAAAAGCAAAGGAAUAAGUAAUGUUGAAGAAAAGGUUAACUUUUUUUCUGUAAAAUGAGGUGAGUAAAUAAAGUAACAAGGUUGUCUCGUCGAAAGUUGUCCUAUCGAGGAGGAACACCUUCGUUAAUCGAGGGUUCAUGUGCUGGUUAGAAUGGCGGACAACGAUGAUCCUGAACAGGAUAUACGACGUGCACUUUGUGAUCGUGAAUCAAUGAUUGACAUAUCUGCAGAUAGACUUGAGGGUUUGAGAACUCAGUGUUCAACAACUGCUGAAUUGACUCAGCAAGAAAUACGAACUCUAGAGGGAAAAUUGAUAAAACUUUAUUCAAAACAAUUAGUAACAAAAUCAAAACUACCUCUAGAUUCAUUGCCAUCCGAAAUGCGACAAUAUCCUUCACUUCAGCAAUGGCUUAGGGUAGUUGGUCUUACACAAGAGUCAAUUCAGAUUGUAUGUUCAAAAGCUCACACUCUCGAAGCACUAAAAGAAAAAUCAGAACGUGAAUUGAGUUUCAUGUUAGGCGAUAAUAAUUUGCGUCGUGAAGAAGAAUUACGACGGCUUUGUCGUGCAUUACACAAUUUACGUCGUUAUAUUGAUGUUUUAUUGCAUGGUGAUAAAGAUAAUGUUGAGAUGAAUCUAUAUUGGGAUUCAUGGGAUAGACAUCAUUUGAAAAGUGGUACAUCUCCACAUCCAGUACGCUCAAGAACAACAAAAUUUCCAGUACCAUCUGAAGAUACUAUUUCUUAUAAUAAUAAUAAUAAUAAUAAUAAUACGAAUAAUGACACACUCGGUCAAUCAUCAUCAAUUAUCUGUUUGUCAACAAAUAGCCCACCAUCAACCCUAGUAUCAAUAAAAUAUAGUAAUCGAACAAUAUCAGAAUUUUCAAUAACACCACCAUCGAGCAGAAAAAAUCAAAAAUGUCUACAAAUAAUAUCAAAUGAACCUGAUGUAUUUCCCUUAACAAAAUCAAAAUCUCAUGAAUCUCAAUUAGCAAAUCGUUUAGAAAAUGGUGAUACAAUAAAUUGUGGUAAUAAUACAACACAACAUCAUGUUAGUGCACGUCGUUCACGUUUACCAACUGAACCAGGUAUAUGUAGUAACACGACAGAUAUAAUAAAUGAUAAAUUAAUAUCAACAUCGUAUUCACCCAUUAUAUCACCACCAUAUUCAAGUGCUGAAAGUGAUGAUAAUAGUUUUAAAGGUACUACAACAAGUUUACAAAUACCAAAAUCACCAAGAACACCAACAGUUACACGUGGUAUGGCACAUAUUAUAUCACAUAGAUUCACAAAAGCAUUUGUCAUGAUGACGACAUGUGAUUAUUGCGAUAAACAAAUAUUUAUGGGUCUUAAAUGUAAAGAAUGCAAAUAUAAAUGUCAUCGUGAUUGUGAGUCAAAAGUCCCACCAUCAUGUGGUUUACCACAAGAAUUAUUUGAUGAAUUUAAAAGGACAUUACAAGGUGAUGGAAUGGCUACUCAUUCACCAGUACUCAAUAAAGCUGGUAUAAUGUCACCAAAUUAUAUAUCAAGUUUAAUAAAUUCAUUAAAUCGUAAAGAUCGUAAACGUUCACAUCCACAUCCAUCAAGUCAUCCAGCAUUUCCAGGUGCUGAUUCAAGUUCAAAUACAUCAAGUUGUAAUAGUUCAACACCUUCAAGUCCAGCAUUAUUAACGGGUACAACAACAACACAACAUCAUCAAACAACAACAAAGCAACAAUUUCAUUUUCCUGAUGUAACAUUAAACGAUAGAAGUUUAAUAAGUAAUCAUGGCCAUAAAUUAGAGGGUACAAUAUCAAGUGAUAGUGAUCGUACUGUUAGUGUAUCUGGUUCUGGUAGUGUAAGUACUGAUUCUGAAAGAACACCAGUUAGAGUUGAUUCACAAGAUUCACAAGUAUCUGAUGGUGAACCAGGUGAUAGUCGAUGGCCCCGACAAAAUAGUUUAUCAAUGAGAGAAUGGGAAAUACCAUAUGAUGAAUUAAAAAUUGGUGAACCAAUUGGUACCGGUAGAUUUGGUACUGUUUAUAGAGGUAAUUGGCAUGGUGAUGUUGCUAUUAAAGUUCUUAAUAUGGAUUAUUAUUCAGAUGAUGAUAAAACGCUCGAAGCUUUUAAAUUAGAAGUUGCUACAUUCCGUAAAACAAGACAUGAAAAUUUAGUGUUGUUUAUGGGGGCUUGCAUGAAGCCACCAAGACUUGCAAUUGUAACAAGUAUGAGCAAAGGCAUGACAUUGUAUACACAUAUUCAUUUAAGAAAAGAUAAAUUUAAUAUGAACAAAACAACUAUUAUUGCUCAGCAAAUUUCUCAGGGAAUGGGAUAUCUUCAUGCGAGGGGUAUUGUUCAUAAGGAUCUAAAGAGUAAAAAUAUAUUUUUAGAAAAUGGUAAAGUUGUAAUUACUGAUUUUGGAUUAUUUAGUGUCACAAAGCUUUGUUAUGGUAACAGAAAAAGUAAUGGAUUGAGCAUACCACCAGGCUGGCUGUGUUAUCUUGCACCAGAAAUUGUACGUCGACUUCGACCUCAACAAACACGUGAUCAAGAAGAACUUCCAUUUACUGAAUCAUCUGACGUAUAUGCUUUUGGGACUGUGUGGUACGAAUUACUAUGUGGUGAAUGGCCAUUCAAGGGACAACCUCCAGAAGCAAUUAUCUGGCAAGUUGGUAAAGGCAUGAAGCAAACACUUGCAAAUCUUCAAGCAUCUCGAGAAGUCAAGGAUAUCUUGAUGCUUUGCUGGUCUUAUCGUGCUGUCAAUCGGCCAGAUUUUUCAAAAUUACUUCAGACACUUGAAAAGCUGCCUCGUAAAAGACUUGCACGAAGUCCAUCACAUCCAAUUCAUCUUUCACGUUCAGCAGAAUCAGUUUUCUAAAGUUUUAACAGUUAAACUAUUAUGAAAUUAUUAAAAAAAAAACCAAUAACAACAAUAAAAAUUAAAUGAACUGAAUAGUAACGGAACAAGAAUAAUAGUAAUAACUUUCAAUGAAGAUUUAAUUAAAAUUAAUUAAACAGUUAUUUAAAAAAUGUAAAUAAUCAAGAUAGCUACUUAAAAAUUUUUUUUUUCUCCGGUCUAGAUAAACGUGCUUGUUUUAUGCAUAACGACUAUAAAAAAAAAUCUGAAAUAUAAAUGUAAUUGAUUUAAAAAAGUUAUUGACAUAUUAUCAAGUGCUUGUUCGUAAAACAAAAAUUAAAAUAAAUUCAGGUAGUCCUAGAAUUUUUAUAAAUCUUUUACAAUAAUAAUUAACAGUGAUACGUAUCAAUUAAGGAUUAUAAAAGUCAAAUAAUAUCUGUUAAAAAAAUCUAUGAAUUUUUCAACACAAGUAUUGACGAAAAGUAUUAAAAUUCUUAAUUAACAUUUUCGUUUUUAAGAUAGAAUUAAAAUGAUUUAAUUGCUGAUUUAAUGAAUCUUUGAAAGUUAAUUUUGCCAUUGCAAUGCUCAGGUAUAAUUGACUUUUUUGCUGGCAAAUAUUAUCAAUAUAAAUAUCCAAUAAUGGAGUAAAUUUUACUGAAAGAAAAGCAAAAAGAAUAAAAGUAGAAAGCUUUUUCAGGUAAAUAAAUUUUUUCUAAAGUCAUUCACUCAUUUACAUGAAAUUGAUAUGGAUUGUUGAAAAUUCAUUCAACUACUUAUGAAUUAAUAGCUAAAAUAUUAUAAUUAUAAUUAAUUAUUAUUUCAUUUUGGUAUGAUCAUUGCAUUGUGAGUUUUAUUAUAUAACUGAUCAAAUAAACUUCCUAAUUUCUAUAAUCUGACAAAUUGCCAUUCGAUUCAAUUGCGGUAUGCUAAAAUUAAAUACAAUUGAAUCGCAAAAUAAAUAAAGUCAACAUUUCAAUUUGCAAUUAUAAAAUAAACUUUUACUAGUCAUUUUUUUUUUUAUCUUUCAUUGAAAUAAUGAAUAAAUUUUAUUUAUUAACUAUAAUUUAAUUUUAUAUUUAUGUACUAUCAACUUCGUUAUGUUUUUUUAAAAAAAUGCAUUUAAUGCACAUUAUUAAUUAGAAAAAAAAAAAAAAAAUCGACGAUAUACAAUAAGUAUAUCCGCAAUAUUUUUUAGAUUUAAAAUUUUAUUUUCUUCUGUAUAUAUAAGUAUCUGAAUUCAUAGGUAUAUAUAUAAAAUCAAUGAAAACUUUUGCUAUCAAAAAAUACAUCAAUUAUGUUGUCUUGAAUAAUCAUGUAAGCAACUAAUAAAAUAAAUUCACUUGCGAUUUUUUAAACUAUAAGUGAAGUUAAGAAAAAAAACUUCUCAACACUCCUGUCAAUAAAAAAUCUUUUCAUCUAAUCUAAAAUUAUUAAAAUGUAAAUAUUUCGUAAAAUCACAAUAUAAAAAAUCAAAUAAAGAAUAAAACUAUUUGAACCA